AUGAUGCCCCGGCACCACGCCGCCGCCUUUUCAAAUGGCUACCCGCGCGGCAAUACCUUCGACAUCUCACCGCACAAGUAUGACUUUCCGAACACUUACCUCUCGUUGAAAGUCCCGCGCACCUUGACACCCGCACAACGCCGUCGCAACAAGCUUCUCACCCGCCUGGGUGUUUGCGCAGCACUCCUGUUCGUUAUUAGCCUUUGGCUCUGGCCUUCCAGCUCCGUCGCAUCCUUGGUUUCUUUUGGACUCCUUUCUACAACUGGGACUCCCGAGCUCGAGACGGUCCGAUAUUACGAUUUGUCUACUGUGCAGGGUACUGCUCGUGGCUGGGAACGCGAAGAGCGCAUUCUGCUAUGCGUGCCGCUUCGUGAUGCUGAAGCGCACUUGGGCAUGUUCUUUUCUCACAUGCGUAAUCUGACAUACCCGCACCAUCUGAUCGAUCUCGCAUUUCUCGUCUCCGACUCCAAGGAUAACACCCUCAAAGUUCUCACUGAGAGCCUAGAAGCCAUUCAAGCCGACGAGGAUCCUAAGCAGCCUUAUGGCGAGAUCUCCAUCAUCGAGAAGGAUUUUGGCCAGAAAGUCAACCAAGACGUCGAAAGCCGUCACGGAUUUGCCGCCCAGGCCAGUCGACGAAAGCUGAUGGCACAGGCUCGAAACUGGCUUUUGAGUGCGGCCUUGAGACCCUAUCAUUCAUGGGUUUAUUGGCGCGACGUUGACGUAGAGACCGCCCCUUUCACUAUCUUGGAAGACCUUAUGCGCCAUAACAAGGAUGUCAUUGUCCCAAAUGUCUGGCGACCCUUGCCCGACUGGCUUGGCGGUGAACAGCCCUAUGACUUGAACUCAUGGCAGGAGUCUGAAACCGCUCUCGCUCUCGCCGACACUCUAGACGAAGAUGCUGUGAUUGUCGAGGGUUAUGCUGAAUAUGCCACAUGGAGACCUCACCUGGCGUAUCUCCGUGAUCCGUUCGGCGACCCAGACAUGGAAAUGGAGAUUGACGGUGUUGGGGGUGUCAGCAUUUUAGCCAAGGCUAAAGUCUUCCGAUCUGGAGUUCAUUUCCCAGCUUUCAGUUUCGAAAAACAUGCCGAGACAGAAGGCUUCGGCAAGAUGUCAAAGAGAAUGGGGUAUUCGGUCAUUGGUUUACCUCAUUAUACCAUCUGGCAUUUGUAUGAGCCUAGUGUGGAUGAUAUUCGUCACAUGGAGGAAAUGGAACGAGAACGACUUGCUCGUGAGAAGCAAGAAGAAGAAAAGAAGAAGAACCAGCAAAAGAUCAAAGAAGAGUAUAGUGAUACUAGAAAUGAAUGGGAAAAAGACAAGCAAGAAAUGCAAAAUUUGGCAGCGCAGCCAAAGCCUGCCAAUGAUGCACCCAGAGCUCCCAGCCGGGACGGCUUAGCUCAACCUCACAAAGAACAAUCUGGGCCAGGCCAACAGAUUAACAAUGGUGCUGGUAAUGCAGCACAGGGCGAAGACACACCUCGGGCUGUUAAGCAGGAGGGUAAGCAAGCUCAUGAAGUCGCGAAGGAUGUGCCCAAAGCAGGCCAAGAGGCCGUCCAGAAGCCUGGUAAUGCGAUUGCUUGA